AGAGCGAGCCGAGCCGCGGCCAGGCCAGCUCCGGCGGGCGGGCGGGGGGGGCGCUGGAGCGCAGCGCAGCUCAGCCCCAUCAGUCUGCAGAGCGGACCGAGCUGGAAGCCUAGCGCUGCCGCGGGAGGCGGGCGAUGGAGGCAGGUGCCACCGGCCUCGCCAUGGACGGGCCGCGCCUGCUGCUGUUGCUGCUUCUGGGGGUGUCCCUUGGAGGUGCCAAGGAGGCAUGCCCCACAAGCCUGUACACACACAGCGGCGAGUGCUGCAAAGCCUGCAACCUGGGCGAGGGUGUGGCCCAGCCUUGUGGAGCCAACCAGACCGUGUGUGAGCCCUGCCUGGACAGCGUGACGUUCUCCGACGUGGUGAGCGCGACCGAGCCGUGCAAGCCGUGCACCGAGUGCGUGGGGCUUCAGAGCAUGUCGGCGCCGUGCGUGGAGGCCGACGACGCCGUGUGCCGCUGCGCCUACGGCUACUACCAGGAUGAGACGACUGGGCGCUGCGAGGCGUGCCGCGUGUGCGAGGCGGGCUCGGGCCUCGUGUUCUCGUGCCAAGACAAGCAGAACACCGUGUGCGAGGAGUGCCCCGACGGCACGUAUUCCGACGAGGCCAACCACGUGGACCCGUGCCUGCCCUGCACCGUGUGCGAGGACACCGAGCGCCAGCUCCGCGAGUGCACACGCUGGGCCGACGCCGAGUGCGAGGAGAUCCCUGGCCGUUGGAUUACACGGUCCACACCCCCGGAGGGCUCGGACAGCACAGCCCCCAGCACCCAGGAGCCUGAGGCACCUCCAGAACAAGACCUCAUAGCCAGCACGGUGGCAGAUGUGGUGACCACAGUGAUGGGCAGCUCCCAGCCUGUGGUGACCCGAGGCACCACCGACAACCUCAUCCCUGUCUAUUGCUCCAUCCUGGCUGCUGUGGUUGUGGGCCUUGUGGCCUACAUAGCCUUCAAGAGGUGGAACAGCUGCAAGCAGAACAAGCAAGGAGCCAACAGCCGGCCAGUGAACCAGACGCCCCCACCAGAGGGAGAAAAACUCCACAGCGACAGUGGCAUCUCCGUGGACAGCCAGAGCCUGCAUGACCAGCAGCCCCAUACGCAGACAGCCUCGGGCCAGGCCCUCAAGGGUGAUGGAGGCCUCUACAGCAGCCUACCCCCAGCCAAGCGGGAGGAGGUGGAGAAGCUUCUCAACGGCUCUGCAGGGGACACCUGGCGGCACCUGGCGGGCGAACUGGGCUACCAGCCCGAGCACAUAGACUCCUUUACCCAUGAGGCCUGCCCCGUUCGCGCCCUGCUUGCAAGCUGGGCCACCCAGGACAGCGCCACACUGGACGCCCUCCUGGCCGCCCUGCGCCGCAUCCAGCGAGCCGACCUUGUGGAGAGUCUGUGCAGUGAGUCCACUGCCACGUCCCCGGUGUGAGCCCAUCCGGGGAGCCCCCACCCCGCCCCACAUUCCAACAACCGAUGCUCCAGCCAACCCCUGUGGAGCCCGCACCCCCACCCUUUGGGGGGGUCCCACCUGGCAGAACUGAGCUCCUCUGGGCAGGACCUCAGAGUCCAGGCCCCAAAACCACAGCCCUGUCAGUGCAGCCUGUGUGGCCCCUUCACUUCUGACCACACUUCCUGUCCAGAGAGAGAAGUGCCCCUGCUGCCUCCCCAACCCUGCCCCUGCCCCGUCACCAUCUCAGGCCGCCUGCCCCCUUUUCCCACACUGCUAGGUGGGCCAGCCCCUCCCACCACAGCAGGUGUCAUAUCUGGGGGGCCGACACCAGGGAUGGUACUAGCGGGAAGUGACAAGGCCCCAGAGACUCAGAGGGAGGAAUCGAGGAACCAGAGCCAUGGACUCUACACUGUGAACUUGGGGAACAAGGGUAGCAUCCCAGUGGCCUCAACCCUCCCUCAGCCCCUCUCGCCCCCCACCCCAGCCUAAGAUGAAGAGGAUCAGAGGCCUGUCAGAGCUGGGAGGGGGUUUCGAAGCUCAGCCCACCCCCCUCAUUUUGCAUAUAGGUCAGUGAGGCCCAGAGAGAGGCUGUGAUUCGCCCAAAGCCAGACAGUAACGGGGAGGCCAAGUGCAGGCUGGCACCGCCUUCUCUAAAUGAGGGGCCUCAGGUUUGCCUGAGGGCAAGGGGAGAGUGGCAGGUGACCUUCUGGGAAAUGGCUUGAAGCCAAGUCAGCUUUGCCUUCCACACUGUCUCCAGACCCCCACCCCUUCCCCACUGCCUGCCCACCCGUGGAGAUGGGAUGCUUGCCCAGGGCCUGGUCCAUGAUGGAGUCAGGUUUGGGGUUUGUGGAAAGGGUGCUGCUUCCCUCUGCCUGUCCCUCUCAGGCAUGCCCGUGUGACAUCAGUGGCAUGGCACCAGUCUGCUGCCCUCCAUCCCGGCACGGACCCGGAGCUAACACUGGCCCCUAGAAUCAGCCUAGGGGUCAGGGACCAAGGACCCCUCACCUUGCAACACACAGACGCACGCACACACACACACAGGAAGAGAAAUCUCACUUUUCUCCAUGAGUUCUUUCUCUUGGGCUGAGACCGGAUCCUGCCCGGGGCAGCUGCCAGAGAAGCAUCGGAGGGAAUUGAGGUCUGCUCUGCCGUCUUCACUCGCCCCCGGGUUUGGCGGGCCAAGGACUGCCGAGGCUGGAGCUGGCGUCUGUCUUCAAGGGCUUACACGUGGAGGAAUGCUCCCCCAUCCUCCCCUUCCCUGCAAGCAUGGGGUUGGCUGGGCCCAGAAGGUUGUGAUGAAGAAAAGCGGGCCAGUGUGGGAAUGAGGCAAGAAGGAACUGACUUCGACUGUGACCCGUGGGGAUCUCUCCCAGCUCUAGACAACCCUGCAAAGGACUGUUUUUUCCUGAGCUUGGCCAGAAGGGGGCCAUGAGGCCUCAGUGGACUUUCCACCCCCUCCCUGGCCUGUUCUGUUUUGCCUGAAGUUGGAAUGAGUGUGGCUCCCCUCUAUUUAGCAUGACAAGCCCCAGGCAGGCUGUGCGCUGACAGCCACCGCUCCCCAGCCCAGGGUUCCGCCAGCCCUGUGGAAGGGACUAGGAGCAUUGUAGUAAAUGGCAAUUCUUUGACCUCAACCUGUGAUGAGGGGAGGAAACUCACCUGCUGGCCCCUCACCUGGGCAUCUGGGGAGUAGGACAGAGUCUGAGUGUAUUUAUUUUCCUCCCCAGCAGGUGGGGAGGGGGUUUGGGGGCUUGUAAGUAUGUUUUAGCAUGUGUUUGGUUCUGGGGCCCCUUUUUACUCCCCUUGGGCUGAGAUGGAACCCUUUUGGCCCCCCAGCUGGGGGCCAUGAGCUCCAGACCCCCAGCAACCCUCCUGUCACCUCCCCUCCUUGCCUCCUGUGUAAUCAUUUCUUGGGCCCUCCUGAAACUUACACAUAAAACAUAAGUGAUGAACAUUAAAUAGCAAAGAAAGAAAAAUAGUACAAA